AUGACAAUUGGAACGCUAUACGCCUGGACUAAUGGUAGAGGGAUGCUGCCUCGCGCUCUCGUCGACUGGCUUGAAAUUGAUAUGACUAUCGUCAACCCUGGCGACAAUGUUGAGGAGUUCAAGAAACUAUUCCCGCUGGGCAAAAUGCCGGCUAUUUUGAGAAAAAACGGGUUCGAGUUGACAGAAGUGAUGGCGAUUACCUACUAUCUGGUUAAUUUGAAGGCCGAUGCGGAUCUUGAAAAAUCCCUUUACGGAAACACACUGGAGGAGCGGUCACAGGUGAUACGCAUUUUCUCGUUUAUGAACCAAGAAAUGGCAUCCAGCGUCAAUUCACUUGUGACGGCUGCUAGAACGAAUGCUAGCGUUGAGGAAUAUAACGAGAAACUGUCCCUGGUCUUGGCCAACUUUGAGUUCAUCGAAAAGUGCCUAGCUAAGCAGGAAUUUUUGGUGAAAGACCACAUCACAAUUGCCGACUUGUUUGUAGCAUCCGGUUUCGGUACUCUUUUUGGCUUCGCGCUUGGAAAGGACAAGUUUGGUGGAUUUACCAAAGUCCAACAGUGGCUCCCCAAAGUUUUAGAACAUCCAGCGCUCAAGGGCAGAGUGGAUGUCUCGAAUUUCAUAGAACAUACCAUUGUCCCCAGUCCACAAUGA